AUGACGUCAGCCACCCGUGUGGCCGAGUCCAGUGACGUCUGCCGCCACACCGGCGACCCCCGAGCGGGAUGUGGGCUGCGCGGGGGCGGCGCGCCGCCUGGAAUAGCCUCCAUCGACAGGCCGAGUGCAUUAUUGAGCCGACCAGGGCGGGCGCUGCGUUACACUGGCGCGCGCGCUAAAAUUACCCUCCGGAAGGCGCGUGCGCUCCGGACUGUCCCUGCAGAAGCUCCGGCGCCGAGGCUGCGCCGGGUGAUUUGUGAACACACAUCUGGGGAAAUUAAACGCGGGGGCGGCGGAGGCGGCGGCGGAGGCGGCGGCGGCGGCUGCAGGCCGGCCGUCCCACCCCCGCGCGCAGGACCUCUGGGGCGCACGCCGCUCGCUCGCUCGUUCCGAAACGAUUCAUUUGUCGCCGAAAAUCAUCCCCCGAGACUCGACAGCGGCGUCAAAGUCUGUGGCAAAUUCAACCUGCCUCACGCAAUUACAGAGAUCAAAAUACACGAAAGAGGUCAAAAGAGCCCACAACAGGAAAAUUUCGACAAUGCGGGCCCCGAGGCUGCCACGCCCCCGCCACCGCCGCCGCCGCCGCCGCCGCAGCCGCAUUGUGUUGUUGUCGGCGGCCGCAGAAAAAACAACAAAGUAACCGGCCCCACCCCCGCUGCACGCAGCUGA